AUGAGCGAUAUGAGCGAAGAGGAAAUCCAUGAAGCUGUUUUGGCGGCCGGAAAGAAAGCUAAGAUUACCGGUCUCUGUAAGAGGUGCAGGAAAAUCGUGGGCUGGUUCUUUCUGGAGCCAAAAGUGGUCGGAAGCAUAGCCGGAAGACAGGGGGGCUUUCCUAAACUUAUUUACAUUUUCAAAAUCGACGAACUCGAGCCUUUGUGCAAGCUCUGCAAUUUUUUUCAUUCCAUCUGGGCUGAAGUGAAGGAAGAGGAAGAUAAAGAAUUAUUUUCCCUUGCAAGGUCAACUGCAGCACAUUUGUUUGGCUUUGGGUACGCCAACGGCAAUGCGUUCGAGCCCGUCUACUUCAACAAAUUUAUCUUUUACCUCGUGGCUGGUGAAUAUGCCAAUGACCCUGAUAGCGAUCGUGCUAAUACAAUCUUCGGCUUUUCUAAUGCAAAUGCUUAUAAAGAUGGAGUAGCCAUACGUAAUCUGUCAUUACAGGCCGAUUUGUCUCUCGUCCGGGAAUGGAUUCGGCAGUGCGAUGACAAUCAUGCCGAUUCUAACUUGAAUUGCCUACCAAGAGAUGGCAUUUCACUUCAAGGCUUCACAGUAAUCGACUGUAAAGAUGGGAGGAAUAUCCUGGUUCCAGGUACCACCUGCAUGGAGUACGUAACACUGAGCUACGUCUGGGGAUCUGAAGUAUCAGAAGGGCCAGAUCAGUUCGGAAAAUUACCGUCUACUCUUCCAAAUCUUAUAACCGAUGUUAUCAAGGUUGUCAUAGCUCUGGGCUACAGAUACUUGUGGAUUGAUAGAUACUGUGUUCCUCAAGAUCAUUCUUCUGAUAUUAAAUCCCUUCUCAUCAAGAACAUGGAUAAGAUUUAUUCACAAUCUACUCUUACGAUAAUCGCCACUACUGCCAAAUGCCCAAGUGAAGGUCUCCCUGGGAUCAGCAAGCCUAGAAUAGCUGUGCAAAAAUCUCUGCAAAUGAAUUCCAUUCAUCUGGUGCAGUGGGUCAGUAACAUCCAGUAUGAGAUCAAUAAUUCCGUGUGGAAUACGCGUGGAUGGACUUAUCAAGAGGCUUUAUUGUCAAGGCGAAGGCUUGUGUUCACUGAGACUCAGUGCUAUUUUCAAUGCGAUGCAGGAGGUAUUCUGAGCGGCAGAGGAGGUGGUCGGAUGGAAAGUAUCGACUAUGACCUUACAACGGAAAGAGAUGAGUAUAAAAGGUUUCGCAUCCCAAUGAUAUUUCGUCCACGGCCAAAACAUGGCAUCGGCUGGGAAAUAACCCUUUUCAGCAAUAUGGUAAGCGAGUAUACCAAAAGACAACUCUCGAAAGACUCCGACGUUCUGCCUGCCUUUCUGGGUAUAUUGGGUAUGUUCACGUCUGAGUGCUCAAUUUUUCAUGGACACAUAUAUGGAGUGCCAAUUUUCGAGCCCAGUAACAAAUUACUCCCUGUUGAUACUACCGGUACGCUAAUAAUGGGUAUCACAUGGGACUUUUAUUUCGAUACUAGUAUCCUUAAGGAUCUCACCACAAUGACCUUGCUAUCAAGGAGACGGUCCUUUCCAAGCUGGACGUGGUGUGAUUGGACAUAUGCUUCACCGUCGCCUCAUCCGAUCAAAUGGAGAUACGAAAUUCUAGGUCAAGGGUUCAAAGAUGUAGAUAUAGUGCAUGACCAAAAGCUUAGCCUCGAGUUCGAUAACGGCACCAUACUCCCGUGGCCUCGCGAAGCGGAUCUUGUCGAUCUUGCGCAAAAGAUUAUGCUGAUGGGAAACGUGCGCUAUAUCCAUAUUUUUGGGCCGUUCACGCAUUUUCCAAUUCCUAUUAGCUCAAAUCCCGAGUUGGGCCAGAAAGUGUGUGGUCCGUAUGUAACAGAUGGGUCGGUAAUUUGUUGGCUUUCGAGGUUGGCGAGAGAACGGGGGAUGAAUGUUACGGAUAAUGAGGAGUAUGUCUUCAAGGCAUGGGUAUAUGCUUUAGAAGAAAACAGAGAUUAUUAUCCUGUAGAUUCUACUAAGAGAGUGAGACAUGUUUACAUGAUGCUGCUUGACGAAACCUCAGAUUCGGACACAUUUGAGCGUAUUGAUGUAUGUAUACUUGGUGUGGAAUUGGAAAGGGAAGAAAAAGAGACGGGGGAGAAAAGUAUGGAUAUGACGACAAGGUUAGGAUGGGAAUGGAAGGCUUUCAGACUUGCAUAG